CUCGCGAGCUCACAAUGGCGCCAGGCAUGGCCAGGCCGCUCGUCGCGUUCCUGACAGCGCUGCUGGCCUGGCGCGGGGCAGAAGCAUACCCCCGCUUCUGGUAUGACCGGAAUUACCUCGUAGAGUAUGGCUACGGGCCCGAGAACGGCCUGGACUGGUCGGUGUUCCCGGCCCUCACCUGUAUCAAUUACCCGGACAAGGCCUACACCGGCUUCUACCCCGCACACAGCACGCCUUACACGGACAGCACCAUCGGGAUGACGUUUGCGCUGUCCGGUGGCCCGGCCGUCACCACCCUGUGCCCCGGCGCCACACACACCAUGCAGCUGACAUUCCCCAUCCGGCGCCUGGCGUUGGUGACCACUGACCCGCCCAAUGUGGCCGCAUUCACCUCGCCCGCACCGCCCACCCCCGAUUGCCCCGGCCGCCUGGACCUGGGUAACUCAGACGGCUCUCGCGCCGCCACCUCCUUCACCACCACCUUCACCGUGCCCUGCACCGCCACGGGUCAAGUCGUGUUCGCCGUGACCAGCGCCGGCACCUCCGGCUCCACCCGCCGCUGGGCCCAGGCGCAGGCGACCCUGGCUGUGGCUGACGCGGCGUCGGCUCAGUGCGCGGCCGUGUCUACCACCUGCGUGGCCGCCGUGCCGGACCCCUCCCCCGUCGCAGAGCCCUCCCCCGAACCAGCUGUCGACCCGGCACCCUCGCCGGCACCCAAGCCCGAGCCUUCCCCUUCACCCGCGCCCGGGCCCGAGCCCUCUCCUGUACCCAUGCCGCAGCCAGCGCCCGCUAGCCAGCCCUCGCCCUCGCCCGCCGGCGCUCCCAACUGCACGCCCAGCCCCCUGGGUUACACCUGCAUGGCCGCAGCGGGCGACGUGACCCUGCACUGGACCGUCAACACGCCCUCCGCCCCGCCCAACGCCUGCACCGGCACCGACAGCGCCGGCAAGACAGUGCUGGCGGCCGGCGACGUGGCCACUGACGGCACCCUCCACAUGGCCGUGCAGGCCGCAACCAGCGGCUACGUGGCCAUCUCUUUCCCGGUCCGCCCCGGCACCAUGGCCCCAGCCGACAUCGUCCUGGGCUGGGCGGGCUCGUCCGGCUCCUCCAUCCGGGCCUUCUACACACGGUACCAAGCGCUGGAGAACGGCGACGCCCUCAGCGGCACCCGCGACUGGGCCUACGACAAAGGCGUCAUGGAGUCGGGCGGUGUGACCACCAUCUGCUUCAGCCGCCGCCUGCGCGAGCCACGUGCCCUGGCCUCGCCCGACCUGCGCGCAGCAGGCGGACUCAACUCCGCCGCCUCGCCUCUGGGGCCCGCGCCCCAAAUGGGCUUCAACUGGGCCACCAACCCGCAGGACCGGCUGGUGCAGCACCUGGCCCGCACCAGGGGCGGCUUCAGCCUGGACAUCGCCGCCGCCGCCGCCGCCGCCGCCCCUGCUGGCGGCGGGGGCCCCGUGCCGUCGGCGCCAUCGCCUGCUACUACUGGUUCCGCCCCAUCGCCAUCACCCUCUAAUGAUGGAGAGUCCGCGGAGUCGCCGAAGCCCUCGCCCUCGCCACCCCCCUCCCCUUCGCCUUCUCCCGCACCCUCUCCCGCUCCUCAGCCCAACCAGACCCUGCCUUCGGCUGCUGGUCCCUCUCCGCCGCCGCCCUCCCCGUCCCCGUCCCCCUCCCCCUCCCCCUCCCCCUCCCCCUCACUUGGUCCCAAGCCCGCGACGACUCCACCCACUGGCGGCAGUAGCAGUAGCGGCAGCCCGCGGCCGGCUGCUGCUGCUGCUGCCCGGCGGCGGCCCCCUCCGCGCCGGAGCCCGCCGCCACGCGCCUGGCGUCUGGCUCCUCGCAAGCCGCACAGAACUAGGCGCGCGGCAGUAUGAAACUACGGCCGCUACAGGUGAGUUAUGUGAGCGAGCGAGCUGUGACGAUGAUGAUAAGGUCUGCUGCGCGUGGUUGUGCGCGGCUGGCAUGGCCCGGGGCGAGGACGUCACGACGUCGGGCAAGGCAGUACGCCACUUGAUAGGCCCGAGGUAUGGCACAGCCGUCGCAGCUUGGAGCGACCGCUGCCAAAGCUCUCGUUAUUAAUGAUGCCAUCGGUGGGCUGUUACGGUAAAUCGGGUUAGCUUGCUCUCGGGCGGGGGUCCUGGGCCUACAGCAUCGAUCGUAUACGGUCACGUGUAAAACUGCAUGUCGGCCUGGCAAGGCAGCAGGGCGGAAAGAGCACAUUGUGGGUAGACCAAGAACCUAACCUCUGUGCUUCAUGAAUAGGACUUGCGGUAUUUGGAAUUUUGAACACAGCAGGUGGGUCGGGCUCCUGGGGCGACUCAUUCAUUUUACUGCAGCUUACUUGAUAUGUAGGUAACCGGCACUCCGGCUAACAUAGUGAAUUUAUAUGGCUUACGGCGCGGCUUACUUGUGGUGGGAACACUUGUCCUCACGUGGGCGCUCGGUCGGGUGUAAUGGACGCGGGGGAGGUACGCGCGGUACUGCGCGCGGCUGCCGUAGAUGGAUUCCACUUCCCAGAAACCGCUGCCUCUGUAACGUCGGGCGACG